UUUGGGAGGAACGUCGAUUUCAUAUGACGUCAUGAGUAUUAACUUCGUUCAUUGGCUGAAUAACUGCCUGUCGGGUAGAAGCUGACCAAUCAAGAAGAAGGAUAUUGAGACGUAACCCAGCCGUCGCAAGAAAGGUUUUGCUAUCUGGCCGUGGAAAUAGGAGGAGAAGGAGAUGGACACAGACUCGUCCUCCCUCUACAUGUGUCCCUGUUCCCUGCUCUUCGCGUCUCUGGAGGACGUGCUCACUCACCAGCUCACCUGCCUGACUUCCCAUGGAUUCAUCACUCAAAACCCACCAUCGGCGCCCUCUACUGCGGCGGAGGAGCCUGCUGAAAUGUAUGCAGAUGCUCCCCGCGGACCGCCGGCUGGCCCCGUCCAACACCGUGCCGAUCAGGAUCAGCAACAGCCUCCCCUGGACGGCGCGCCGGCUAUUGUUCCCGGACAGGCUCCAGGCCAGAGCGCCAGUCCCUCGAUGCCACCCGCCUCAGUCCCAGGCUCCGGCUCGGGAUCUGCCACGCUGGCAGCCAAGCCCAACGGCCGCCUGGCGGACAGAGGCGCUGGAUCUUCAUCGUCGUCGACGGUGUCUUCAGGGCCCCCUGGUGGGCAGCGGACGGGCUCCACGUCCACAUCCAAGGCCAGGCCCAGCAAGAAGCGUCCAGCCCCUCUCAUUCGCUACCAGUGCGGGGAGUGCAGCCUCCUGUUCGAGUCGCUGGACCUGUGGCAGAAGCACAGCGAUCUGGGCAUGUGCUGCUCGGGAGAGGAGGCGCAGGGGGACGAGGCGCAGGCGACGGGGGUCGGGGUGGGGGAUGCGGAACCGGGAGGGGUAAGUAGUGGAGGUGAAGAGGGAGAGGGAGCAGAAAGCGAGGCGGAGGAGACUGAAGGCACGGCUGAGUCAGUGAGGGCGGCGGUGGCAGGGGGCGAAGGAGCGGCUUCUACUAGCGUUGCUGCUGCUGCUAACGCUGCUGCUGCUAACGCUUCCUCCUCCGAGACGGACGGCCGCUCCAGCUUCCUGUGCAUGAGCUGCGGGGCGGCUCUGCGCUCGCAGCAGGCCUUGGCGCGUCACCGCAAGGCCCGCCAUGGCCUAGAGAAGGCGCUGCACGUCUGCCAGGUGUGCGGGGAGGAGUUCAUGAACACCACCGUCUUCCUCUACCACCAGCGGCAGCACAAGGACGACACUAGCAACCAGGCCGGCCAGGUGACAAUCAAGGUCGAAGAAGCCGAGCAGGGGGAGAUCCUCAACAUAGAGCUGCUGGAGGCUGCAGGGACCCCCAGCCCCGCCGCAACUCCCCCCACCGCACUGCCCCCUGGCCACCUGGCCGUGCGGCCGUACAAGUGCGACCUGUGCCCCAAGGCCUUCAUCGGCAAGGCCAACCUGGCGCGUCACAAGGCGACGCACGACGGGGAGCGGUGCCACGUGUGCGAUCGCUGCGGACAGGCCUUCUUCAUGCCGGGAGCUCUGGCGCGCCACAAGACGCGGCACGCGCAGGAGGACCGGGCGGAAAAGAGGAAGGAGGCGAGAGCGGCCGAGAGGGCGUUAAAAGAAGCCGCUGUGAGGGCGUUAAGAGCACAGUCACAGGACGCAGGAGAGACCAGAGAGCAGGGGGAGAAGGUGAAGAAGAAGAAGGGGGGCUGUGGGAAGAGGACACACCAGUGUCCCGACUGUCACUACAAGUUCUUCUCACUGCCGAAUCUAGCAAAGCACAGGUCCAAAGGCAACUGUACUUAUCCCUGCUCCGAGUGCCGGCAGGUCUUCCGCCGCAAGAAGAGGCUGGCCCUGCAUGUCCUCCUACACCAAGGCAAGCAUCCGAUCCAGUGCCCCAGCUGCCCCGAGCAGUUCCCCAGCCAGAACGAGCUGGAGGUCCAUCUGCGGCUGUGCCCCAGGAAGAGAGAGACGAGGGCCUUCCGUCGUCGCGAGGGCGGCAAGGUGGCGUGCGAGCUGUGCGGCCACCGCUGCAUGACGCAGCAGGGCAUGGAGCUGCACCGCCUCUCCCACUCCGGCAUGGAGCCGGUACGCUGCCCGCACGCGCUCUGCCGCGGACGCUUCGCCACCGAGGAGGCCCUGCAGAGCCACCUGACCACCCACCACCACGGCGAUACAGACGCCAACGGCAACGGCGGUGCCAACAGCGUUGGCAACGUCAAGCCGAAGCCGUUCCGCUGCGAUGACUGCGACAAGACCUUCGCCCACUCGUCGUCCCUGGUCGUGCACGUGCGCAUACACACUGGGGAGAGACCUUAUCAGUGUAAGCAGUGUGGCAAGCGCUUCCGGCAGCUUCCGCACCUGAAAGACCACGAGCGCCUGCACAGCGGCAAGCGGCCGUUCGUCUGCAACGUGUGCGGCCAAAGCUUCGUGCUGCCCGGCCGGCUGACCGAGCACGCCCGCAUCCACAGUGGCGAGAAGCCCUACUCCUGCCAGGUGUGCCACGCCACCUUCCGCUCCCUCUCCAACCUGGGCAAGCACCGCAAGACCCACGGCCUGCAAGGCCAGACGCAGCACCGGCAGCAGGACCACCAACAGGUCUACGCAGCACCCAGGCGAGACGCAUCUGCUGCCCACCGGCAGAGCACCGCGAGGGGGUCGGGGGUGAAGAGGAAGAGCCCUGGUGGUGAUGGUGAUGGUGGCGGUGGCGGGUCGCGGAGGGUGGUGCCCACGGCGAGGGGAGUCGGGGGCAUGAUAGGGAGGGCGGAAGGGGAGGCGGCGGUGCACACCAUCCUCAUACAGCAGGGUGGGGAUCAUGGCUCCUCAGUCCUCCACCCGCCUCCUACAGCUUACUCCUCUUACUCAUAGUUGGACAAGCUCCCUCUCCCUCCUCUUCACCCGCACACACACACGCACACACACACACACACACACACACACACACACACACA